UUCUUGAGAAUUAAGUUUUUCAUUUGAUCUAAAGUUUCCCUAAAUCAAAUCAUGCAUGCAUCAUAUGAAUAUAUUUAACCAAAUAUUUAAAUUAUAAUCAAAAUGCAUGCUUCAUCAGUGAUUGUUGAAAAUAUGCCAAUGAUGCCAAUGACACCGCAAAUUGUGAUUGAAAUUCCCGCUAACACCCCGCCUGAAUCAAAUUAUAAUAGCAACGUAAAUUUAAAUACAAAUUUAAUUAAUAGUUUAUUUAUUCAAUCACAUAAUAAUAAUAAUCAUAAUAAUGGAUGGUCAUCAGGUGCAUCAAGUCCUGGUUCAUGUUAUCAAAAUUUAUUGUCACCAACAAAUUAUUGGUCAAAAAAUCAUUAUCUUACAUCAACUAGUGAUAGCUUAUUUAGUCGUGGAAAUCUUAAAGAUGAUGACUGUCGGCUAGAAAGACAAACUCCACUGGAUAGUCAAUCGAUUUAUUCACAAAUGAGUAGAACACCUCCACCAAUGGUGUUAUUGUCACCAACAUCCUCAGUAUCAUCACAGUGUUUAAAUCAAAAUCGUAAUCCCCACUGUUGUAUGAUGAAUGGACAAAUGAAGAACUCCUGUUUACCUGAGAGUACAUCAGGGGGUUUUCAACGUUCAAAUUCAAUUUCAUUAGCAACAGCACAUGUUAAUGGAAAUAAAAUACACUAUCCUGAUAGUAAUACAGAGAUGUACGCCGGUCAACCAUCUGAUAAUCAUAUAUCACAUCCCUUUAGAUCUUGUACACCUUCGUCUAUGGUCAUGAAUAUGAAGCAUCAGUCGAAUCGAUCCUUGAGUCCAUAUUCCUGUUCUAAUUAUCCACAAAAUGCUAAUUUAUCCAGACAAUGUAUACCAUGUUUAUCCGCUGACAGUCAUUGUAGUGGUUUAGAGCAGACUGUGAGCUUUCAUCCAACAAUUCCUACAAAAACUAAACAAUAUACAACAAGACGAGCUUCAUCCCCACUGUCUUAUAAGAGUUCAAAUGCAUCCUCUCAGUUAUUAUGCAGUAAUAAUAAUUCAUCUACUAUGAGGAUAUCUCCCUGCCUAACAAAAUCAGGUUGUAUGCAUAAUUUUCAACGUUCUGCAGUCACAAAUAAACAACCCUCUUCAAUUCAACGUUCCAAUUCCUUACCUGAGUUAUUAAUUACUAAAACAAGAACAAUUGAUGCAGUAAAACGACGUAAAACGGAUAGAUAUAAAGAUAUCUGGUAUAAGUGUAUCCCAGAAAUGAAAUCGUGUAAUUUCUAUCCAACUCCACUAGCCUCUAGUCGUAAUUCAUUCUACCCGCUAGAGUUACCAUGUCAACAGCAACAGCAACAACAACAACAAUCAUAUUGUCUAUCAUCUGCUAUGAAUCAUCGUCGGCAUACAGAAGCUUGUAGUUUAAGGCCGAAUAGAUCAUUGUUAUUACUACAUCAGUCAAGUCGUCGAUCAAAUUCGGUUUGUUCACAAAAUCACUGUCCUGUAAAUAUGAAUAAUACUAUUGCUGGUAAUAUUGCUAAUAGAAAUAUUAUCAGUAGUAUGCGAAAUAUGAAUUGUAAUAAUGUUAAUAAUAAUAAUAAUAGCAACAUGAAUAAUGGCCUGUGUGUUUCACAACAUUCGUUUUUAAGAUUAUCAAAUCAAAAGAUUAAUGAUUGUAAUUUACAUGCUCGAUCAGCUGUAUCAGUGAUGCUCAACUCUAAGUUAGAUGACAAUAGUAGUAAUGGUAAUAAUAAUACCAAAACUCUUACGUAUAUAAAUCAUACAUCACUGAACAAAACUUGUUCAGAAGUUUGUAAUAUACCAACUGUUAAUCCUGUUGAUCUAGAAUCAACGAAACUUGAUGACUAUCAAGGCAUUAUUGAAUUACCAGUUAAAACUGGUGAUUCAUUUACACGUUGUCUUUGUUCCCUGAUUGUUCUUCUUGUAAGUAUGCAACUGGUUGUUGGGAUUGCAUCAACCUGUUUGGGAUUAUUUUUAACAUGGAAAGUACCGGAAUUGGAGUUUAUGGAAUGUGCAUAUAUGUCAGGAAUACCGUUGAUCAUUUCUGGUCUGAUUGGUACUUGUAUAUGCUUUCGUCAUCGAAUCCCAGCGAUUUCACCAAAGUUUAUGAACAUCAUACAGGUUGUAUCUGGUGUUCUUUCCUUCGUUUGCUUUAUUAUAUGCCUUGUAACAAGUAUAUACGCAGGACAGAAGGGUAGUUUAAUUGCUUCUUAUGAUAACACCUGUAGAGCGAUCUCCAUUCAGCAACAGCGACAACACGAAGCUCAUUUCAGUCAACAGACUACAGUCCAUUCUACACAUUCAACAUCACCACCACAACCAACAACAACAAAACCAAAUAAUUCUUCAAAUGUUCUCAAUUUCAUUGAACCAUGUUGUUAUGAAAUUGUAAAAAAUACUUGCCAGUGUUUUACUAUACAUGGUAAAUGUACAGCUACAUAUAAUAAUCUACCAUGUCGACUGUUAUUCUCUUCAAUUAAAGAUUAUAUCAUAUUACAAUCAGCGUUAAUGGCUGUCGGUUCUGGUGUUUCAUUAUGGGCAACAUUAUUAUUGAUGGAAAAUAAAUUUAAAAGUCUUAUAAAAAGUAAAUAUGCUCGAUUGAGUAUUUCAUCUACAAGAAGUUCAGUUCCUGAAACUUAUAUCGCACCACUGGAAGAAAGAACAAAUAGUAUAGAUUUUAUAGAAACAAAUGGUGGAACAAUCAGUUAAGCCGCGACCAUUACUAUUAUUAUUAUUAUCAUUAAAUAAUUUAAACAAAAUGAGAGAUUUGUUAUGAAGCAUUAUUCAUUUGUAAAUAAAAUAUCAAUCUAAACAGCCAUUAGUUCAAUGGGUUCAAUGUUAAAUGUUCAAUGAAUCACUGGACAUUGAAUCAACGCGUCAGUUUGUAUAACAUAUAUAUAUUAACUAAUGAACAUUGAUUCAGUGACCUUGAUAAGCUAUUUAAAUUUACAUUGAACAACAGAAAGUAAUGAAGUAAAUGAAGGAAUGAUGAAAGUCAAAGUGUAAAUAUACAAUUUUCAUUGUAUUUUUAAGUUUCUGCUUAUGUAUAUGCUAAUAAUUAAAUCUCUAAACGUUUGUACAGUUACAUAACAGAAUUUUAAGUGUAUUUAUUAGUAAUAUAUUGAAUUCUUUUACAACAAUGCAUACUACUGAAAUACUACUGUUGAGUUACAGUUUUUUCUUGUUUACUUACCGAUCCUAUAAAAAUAGUUUUUAUAUAUUACAACUAUUAUUAUUCAACGUUUUUUAA